GUUUGUUGUAGAACUCUACCAUGAUAUCACUGAUCAAAUGUCACUGCUAAGAAAAGACAUGGCUUAAAAACAUUUAGUAAGUGUAUGUAACAUGUCCUAGUCUUUAACCAUGGGCUGUAAUAGAGAAAUACCACAAUUUACACUAGGGAAGCUCUGCUGAAUGGAGCAUCAUGAUGAUGUAAUGAUUUUUGCCUCAAGCGUUAAAACUUAUUCUCUCCUUCCUUCUUUUUUUCAGUUACUUCCCCAUCUGGACCAUCUGUGACUUCCAGCCAAUUAGCAGAGGCCCCCUGAACCCCUGGCACCUGUCCCUUUGCCAUGCCGAAGAGUGACACGUGGCCGGGCGGCGUUGCCAUGGAAUCCUUGAUCAGUAUGGACAGCACUGGGAGCUGUGACAGUGUGGUUAGCAUGAACUCUGGCUUUGUGAGUGCUGCCAUAUCCCUAGCCUUGCCCCUUUUCCCACCAACUCUAAUUAGCACUGGCUAACCAGGAAAAUAUUUGAGACCCUGAUUUCACCGGUUUCUACUUUAUUUUGUUUAUGUGCUGCACUGCUGCCUUUGUGGUAAACACUGAGGGAUACUUUAGAAAGGAUCUAAAGGACAAAAUGUCAAACAUUGAAAGAGGGCCUUUCUCACUCCCAUCUUGGAUUUAAUAUUGACUAUUAUAAAUUGGCAUGUUCAAUCAAUCAAAUGUAUUUUAAAAAGCUAUUUCUACAUCAGCAGUUGUCAUAAAGUGAUUUACAGAAACCCAGCCUAAAACCCCAAAGAGCAAGCAAUGCAGAUGCAGAAGCACAGUGGCUAGGAAGAACUCCCUAGAAUGCAGUGUACAGUAGAUAGGGUUCAGAGCCACUGUCUCCCAAUUAUAAGUGUCAGUGGGCUGCUGGGCUUGUUUCAUGUUGUGGGUGAGAGAUUCAGAUGUUUGUUCAGAGAGGGGCCUUUGAGGGGCUUCACAGAAUGAAAGUGAAAUAAGAGAGCCACAGAGACUGCUUUGAGGAUGAUCAGAACCUUGUCUGUUUAGUUCAGAGCUGUUCAGAGGCCCCUCACUGAAAUCCACUGCAAUACAUUCCUCUGGCAACGCAGUAUAGGAUAAAAGCUAGCCGGGAGCAGUGCUGUGGUAAAUUGUCAUUCCAUCGGUGCUGUGUGAAAGGUAAAUGUAAUUUUGAUCCGCUCUGUGUCUCCAGUCUCACUGGGCCUCAAUGUAAUGUUCAGCCUAGCUGAAAGUAACAGAGAGACUGAAGAAACACUGACUAUUAACAACUGAAAACCAAGGCAAAAUAGUUUGAAGGCCUCACCUAACGUUAUACAAGGAUAUAGUGUACACAGAUAUUCCUGGCAUACAUCUCCACAUAGCUAUGUAAUCUUGACUAAAGGGUAGCACUUGAUUGCAUUGUUAUCUUUAUUCUGAAUCUGUUUGUUCUCUACAUUUGCAGUUUGUCUACGUUUCCAUGUUUCUUCUUUGUGUUAAUUACGUGUGUGUGUGUGUUUGUGUGUGUGUGUGUGUGUGGGGGGGGGGGGGGGCAGAGUGAUGACAGUCUGGAGCACCUCUCUGCUGAGGAGCGUGCGUGCCUCAUGUUUCUGGAGUCCACCAUUGAGUCCCUGGAGAUGGAGGAGGACAGUGGCCUGUCCAAUGAUGAGCCAGACCCCAGCAGCCUGGCAGCCAAACAUGGCCACCUCUCUAUGGGACAGACCAGACUGGAGGGUGAUAGUUUGUUCAUAUCUAUGUAGUUGUUUUAUCAGCAAUGUAUCAUGCAAGAGACUAACAGGCUUAGGAACUUGUGGGAAUUUGACAGUAAAAUAACUCUGCUGUUUCUGCUUGCCUUCUAGAUAUGUCAGAACUGCAGCAUGCUGACUCAGGAAGGGAUCAGAAGUCCUUUCUGAACUGCAUAGUGCCUACACCACUUCUACUGGCAAAUAGCCAUGCCGGUAUCCAGUUCAAAGCCCCAGCUGCUGCCACCCAACCCACUGCUCCAGCUGCAGCAAUUGAGCCCAGAGUCCCAGCCUCAGUAGUAGCAACCCAGCUCAGUACCACAGGGGCAUUUACUGAUCUAAAACCUCCAGGGGUAGUCACUGAACCCACAGUCUCAGAGGUAGUCACAGACCCUAAAGCUCCAGAGAUAGCAACUGUGCCUAAGUCCUCAGAGUUGGCCACUAUCACAAAAGUUCCGGAGUUGUCCACUGAGUCUAAAACCCCAGAGUUAGCUGCAGACCCGAAAGCUUCUGACUCUGCCUCGGGCACAACCUGUUCCUCAGCCACCUCAGAUUUACCUACAGAUGAUUCUGUGGACAACAUGCCUAAAGGAGUCUCUGUAGACAGCAAGUCUGCAAAGCGUCAAUCUAAAGUUCACUCUGAGCUGGAUCUGAAGCUGAUUCCCCCUCCCUCAGACUUCAGGGAUGAUGAGCCAGAGGAGGAGAGUGAUCCUCCAGUGCCUGCAGAACUCAGAGGUCCACUAACCUACAGUGAGCUGGAGCAACUACACAGGAGAGCUCCACCAGCCUCCCCUGGAUCCCAACAGGCACCACCUUCUAAACCUCCUGUUGAUCUGCCUGUACCUGUUAUUACCAACUCACCACCCUCCCACUCAGAGGCCCUAACCAUCCCCAUUCCUAAGGCCCUGGAAACAAAGAACCCACCUGCCGUGGCCCCUAAGCCCAAGAGGCUUCCCUCCAACAUCAUCCUGAAGUCCCACAAGUCAGAUAGUCACCCAGGCCCCCCUCUCCCCUCGCCCAUUGACAGGUCGAUGAUUGACCCCCAGAAGGUACGCUUGGAGGCCCUACGGAAGCUCGGGCUCCUGAAGGGUGAAGAUGGAGACUCAGGCCCUGUAGUUUCACCCAAAUCCCGGAAGUCAUGGGCACCCACUCCCUCUCCUCGCAGCCCGGCUGCCACCCAGACCCAAGCCCCAGCCCAAAUCCCAACUCCUUCCCCAGCCACUACCCCUGCCCCAGUCCCAGCCACUAUCCAUACCCCAAUCCCAGUGCCUGAUGCAGUCGCUGCCCCAGCCCUAGUCCCAGACCCAGUUCCAGUGACUACCCCAGUACCAGCCCGAGCCACUACCCUUGCUCCAGUUCCAGCCCCAAUCCAAUUCAGUGACAAUGCCAAAGCUCUGCCCUCGCCCCUUGCAACCCCUCCUUCACCACCCAAGCAUAUUCUCCCUCCCGGAGGGGUCAAAUCAGCCACUCUGGAGCGCUCCGGCAUGGGUCUGAGCAGCUACAUGGGCAGCAAUGCUUCCCUCAGGGCAAACCGGGAUCCCAGUGUCCCUUUGUCCCCCGGCGACCAGCGUAAGUCUAGGCCCCGCCCUGCCUCCCUAGGAACUAGGAAAGACUUCAUGAAUGUUCAGGGUGAGGCCUGCCACCCCCAGUCAGGUCAUGGGGAGUCUCAGAACAAGCUGCCCCGCUCCCAUGGUAUCAGUGUGCUGAUCUGCCCCAACAGCAAGAGUGGAGAGGACCGACGGGAGGCCCUGAAGAAGCUAGGACUGCUGAGCGACUGAGGGAAGGGAGAGGGGAAAUGGAACUGCACCAUUAUGGAAUCCAUAUGAGGGGUGAGGUCUGAGGAGGAGGAAUGUUCUUAAUAUGGAUUCUAGUUUUUAGUCACUGGGACACUGAAACUUAUCGGAAGAUUACUCUCUCCAUAAGGCCUUAUUUGAAGCAACAUGCAGAGAGCACUAUUUGAUUGAUGAAGGAGUGUCUUCUUGCCUUCGUACUGCACAGAAAUGCUGUAUGUACCCCAAGACUGCCUUUCAUGAAUAUCAUGAUUACAGUAUCAUACUACUAUGAGAUACUGCACUAACUACAGUUUGCAGUACACUGAGUAUGUACAUUCCUUGUAAAAUAUGUUAGGCUGUUUUUGAAUCUCAUGACAUAUUCAGUAAUUUGAUCAUUGUCUAUUUUCUAAAUUAAAUAUAAUAAACUGCAUGUAGGGAUGUUUGUGUGUAAUUAACUUGUACGCUAUAUAUACAAAGGUAUGUGGACACCCCUUCAAAUUAGUGGUUUCAGCUAUUUCAGCCACACCCGUUGCUGACAGGUGUAUAAAAUCUAGCACACAGCCAUGCAAUCGCCAUAGACAAACAUUGAUAGU